AUGACGGCCCGCAAAGUCAUCCUUAUCACCGGUGGAAAUGGUGGAAUCGGAUAUGAAACAGUCAAGGCCUUCAUCGAGUCAACUAAGCCUUACCAUAUUCUCAUGGGUAGUCGAUCGCUCGAAAAUGCAAGCCAAGCUAUUAAAAAGCUGCACGAGGAAUGUCCCGGUGCCACCAACCCUGUCGAACCACUUCAGGUAGAUCUGACUAGUGACGAGUCCAUUGAAGCCGCAUAUGAGAAAGUGAAAUCGGGACCAGGUUAUAUUGAUGCGCUUAUCAAUAAUGCUGGUGCCACAUUCGAUAUCGCAUACCUCGCUGGCAAAGUCUCUCUUCGAGACUGCUUUACCAAAUCUUAUGACGUGAAUGUUGCCGGUACAAAUGUUAUGACAGCGACAUUUAUGCCACUACUCCUCAAGUCAUCUGAUCCACGUCUGAUCUUUGUCGCUGGAUUGUCACAGAUCAACAAGGCUGCGGAAUCAUAUUUUCCUACGCCGCCCCAGCCAGCUGGAUGGCCAAAGAAGCUGGAUUUUGAAGUCAUUGGGUACCGAUGCAGCAAGAUCGCGCUGAAUAUGCUUAUGCUGGACUGGAAUCAUAAGUUGAAGGCCGAUGGUGUGAAAGUGUGGAGUGUUGGGCCUGGAUUUUUGGCGACGAAUUUAGGAGGUGUACCUGAAAUGGCGAUCGAGAUGGGAGCCGAGCACCCAAGUAUUGGAGGUCGCCUGCUUAGGAGUGUUGUUGAGGGCGAGAGAGAUGAAUCAGUUGGAAAGAUUGUGAUACAAGAGGGAGUUAUGCCAUGGUGA